GCAGGGUCCGACACCCUUGCAUCACUGGGACACCUCAGCGGCGUUGAGAAAACGACCGGAAGUUGCGUGUAGGCCGCGCGCCGCCCCUGAGGCGUCAUGGCUCCGCUCUGAGGUAAAAUAGGGAAAAAAGGCGGCCAUGGCGCCGAUGGGGAUUCGGCUUUCCCCGCUCGGGGUGGCCGUCUUUUGCCUGCUCGGCCUGGCUGUGCUCUACCACCUCUACUCGGGCUUCCUAGCCGGCCGCUUCGCCUCCUUUCUCUUGGGCGGGCCUCAUGCGCUGGCCGGCAGCGACGGCUUGGUGGACUUGCGGGAGUUGCUGGCCGCUUCAGUGGCGGCGGCGGUCCGCGGCGGGGCCGAGGUGCGUCGAGUCCGCGAGGACAACGCGCUGCACCCCCUGGUGAAAGGAAAGACCCGCGAAGGGGCCGAGGAGAAGAUGACCAGCGGCGACCUGCUCUCCAACCGCAAGAUGUAUUUCCUCCUCAAGGCCGCCUUCCCCGACGUCCAGAUCAACAGCGAAGAACACGUGGAUGAAAACAACCCAGAGAUCAUCGCCUGGGACCGCAUCAUUCCUGACGAUAUUGCGCGGCAGGUCCAGCCGAAAUUGGUUCCAGCCGAGAGCAUCACCAUGUGGAUCGAUCCUUUGGAUGCAACUCAGGAAUACACAGAGAAUCUUUCCCAGUACGUCACCACGAUGGUGUGCGCGGCAGUGGAUGGGAAACCAGUCGUCGGCGUCAUUCAUAAGCCAUUUUCUGGAUAUACCGCUUGGGCAAUGGUCAAUGGCGGCUCCAACGUUCAACCCCGCUCUUCCUACAACGAACGGACGCCGACCAUCAUCGUCUCGCGAUCCCACGAAGGGCAAGUCAAGCAGAUGGCAUGGCAGAGCUUUGGCAACCAAACCGCCAUCAUUAAAGCUGGCGGAGCCGGGUAUAAAGUCUUAUCUCUCCUCAACGUGCCCGACGUGAACCAGGAGAAAGCGGACGUCUACAUCCAUGUCACCUUCAUCAAGAAAUGGGACAUUUGCGCCGGCAACGCCAUGCUGAAGGCCCUGGGCGGACGCAUGACCACCUUAGCCGGGGAGGACAUCACUUACACGGGCUCUGACGGUAACGAAGACGGCCUGAUCGCCAGCAUCAGAAUGAACCACCAAGCCCUGGUUGAAAAACUCCCCGUCCUCGCCAAAACCUCCCGAAAUUGAAACACUGGGGAAGCCCGUGCGAGUUGUUUAAAAUGGGGAGAAUGAAAAAAAAAAAAAGGCCCCGUGCAAGCUACUUCAAAAGAAUCCGGUGGAAAAGAGGAGGAUGGAAAGGGAGAGGGCUUGUUUGAGGACCGGAAUCUCGCCACGGCAGCGUUUGGAGAAGACAAUUGGAGCGCGGGAGGGAUGGGCUUCGGAGUCAAGCUUCUUUCCUUUUCAAUUUUGAGAUGGUUCUCGAAAAAUCGGGAGCGGCUCCUUUUGUCGGAAAUGAAAUCUGUGAAUUUCUUCGUCACGUCGGGAAAGACCCACAUCCGACCGAUCGAUAUUCUCUUUUUGGGGGUGGGGGGGAGGGAGGAAGGGGGGAUAUGAUUCGAUUUCCUCCCAAUGGAUGGUCCUAACUAAAACGAUGAUCGGAAGAAACCUGAUUUUUAUGUUUACUUGAAAAUGCAAACCAGCGGUGUGCGGAGGAAGGUUUCUCUCUCUCUCUCUCCCCCUCUCUCCCUCCCCCACUCUCUGGAUUUUAAUUAUUUUUAUGAUGAGAACAAUGCUUUCUUUCCCCCGCGUGUUCCGAAGAACGUGGGUGUUGCCCCUGUGCUGUUCCGACUACUGAAUAUUAUUGCCGCGAUAAACCCUUGUGAGGCCCAGAAAUGCUUUUUUUUUUCAUGAGCGUCUGAUGUA